AUGACCGGGAUUUCAUCCAUUCUUGGAUCGCUUAACUUUAUUGUAACAAUUUUUAUAAGAAAAAAUCUCUCAUUAAAGUACGAUCAAAUUAAUCUAUUCUCCUAAUCUAUUUCAAUUACUGUAAUUUUACUUAUUCUUUCUUUACCAGUACUAGCAGGAGCAAUUACUAUACUACUAUUUGAUCGGAACUUCAAUACCUCUUUUUUUGAUCCAAUAGGUGGAGGAGAUCCUAUUCUCUACCAGCAUCUUUUCUAGUUUUUUGGACAUCCUGAAGUCUACAUUCUUAUUCUUCCUGGAUUUAGACUGAUUUCACAAAUCAUUAUAAAUGAAAGAGGGAAAAAGGAAAUUUUUGGGAAUCUUAGAAUAAUCUAUGCAAUACUAGGACUUGAUAUUGAUACUCAUGCAUAUUUUACUUCUGCCACUAUAAUUAUUGCAGUUCCCACUGGAAUUAAAGUUUUUAGACGGCUUGCAACUUAUCAUGGCUCAAAGAUUAAGUUCAAUAUUUCUUUUAUA